AUGCCAAAAUCCAUAACCUCACCGUUCGGCCUCGCCUUUGCCCUCGCCUUGAGCGAGACGUUCCUAUCGGCGAACGCGCAGUACUACUAUCCUAGACGGCGAACUACAACGGGGCGCGUGAUAGCGGGGAUCGUCGUCGGGGUGGUAGCUGGGAUACUGCUCUUCGUGCUGUUGUGUAUGAUGACACGCCGCCGUCGACGCGGGCUCGCCGUCAUGCCGUUCGGUCGGCCAGGUCGGCAACAGAACACCCCUCUCCCGACGACGAUGAACCACACCCAAGGGCCGUAUCAGCCGCACGGCCCGUACCCGCCGCCCCCAGGCGCCCCAGGCGUUGGCUCGAAUUACCAGCAAUAUCAGCCGCCUCAUGGUGCGCCUGGUGGCCCCGAUAAGGAGGUCGCCCCGCAGUACACUGAAUUCGCUCCUCCCCCUGGCCCACCUCCUACCGCUCCUGCUGCAGCGCAUACCACCGGAAAAGACGAGAGCUUCGUCGGUGGAUUCCGUCACAGCUAA